CGAAUCUUUGACCACGACCACAAUGGAGAACCCUCAAAACGAAAUAGCCAAGGUCGUGUCUCUCCUGACUACCUCAGCGUCUCCCGAAAUUCAGGAACUAGCCGCUGAACGAUACGUUACCACCGACGUCGGUUUUCGACACCCAGUCUGUCGCGUCAACCCAGGGCCUGGUUCCAGAGACGCUCUGUUAGGCAUAUACCAAUGGUACCGCGUCAUGUCGCCCACAAUCGAAACGCGCGUGGAUAACGUGGUUUACGACAAGCAGAACAACGUUAUCUUCCUAGAAGUUCAACAGAAGUUUCACAUUCGACUUUCACCAUUCAGACCUACCUGGUCCAAACUUAUCGUUCGCCUUUCUCUCCGCGAAAUCAAUGGUUUGCAUUACAUCGCGUUCCAAGAAGACUUCUACCAUCCUGAUGAUUUUCUCAACCUCCUGAUACCACCCCUCGCCCCAUUUCUGCGGAUGGCCCUCACAGGAGCCUCCCUUGCCUCAAAUGCAUACGCUUCUGUCGCUCAGGGCCUCGGAUAUUGGAGCCCGACUUCAAGAAAGUCUCCAUCCGGUGUCGGUGAUGAAGGUAGAGGACUGUACGAUGGCAACAGAACGGAUUAACCGCUUAUUCGUCCAUGUUCUCACUAUGUAUCUCCUUUUCGUUCAGUUUGUCGGUUUCUCCUCUUUAUUCGUUACACAAAUUUCAUGAACAAGAAACUGCAAUACAUGGUCACAGUACUAUGUACGUACUUCAGCACAAGAAUGACUCCACUUACAUCUGUAGUUUGCGCCAAUCAUCCUAGGGGCGUAGAGAGAACUAGAUCAGAUCAGUCGUG